CCCAAGUCCUUAAUAUGAUAAGUGGAGUUAUAGCUGGUUCCAGGUCAUAUUAUUCAAAACUGACUCGCUUGAUAUCCAAGGAAAACAAGAGGUGUGGAAACCGAGCAAUAGUGUAGGAACAAAUAUUGUUCUUGAAAUGAGGAGCACAAGAGUUCAGACUGUGGCAUGUCAGCUGUUACCUGUGUCCUCGGAGGACGACGGGCUGCGUACGUGGCACCCAGACCAAGUUCUCACGUAUCUGGGCGCUCCUGUCGAGACUCCGUACGCAUGUGUGCUCUUAAACAGGCCAGUAAGUGGCAGAGAAGAGCAGGCUCUCCGCCUGUGGAACGGCGCCAGCCUGCGCGUCGCCGUAGAUGGCGGCACAAACGUGCUCAGGGCUCUGGUGCAGAGUGAGGACGCACGAAAACAGCCGCGGCCCGCACUGCCGGACGUCAUCACCGGGGACUUCGACUCGAUCACGGAAGAGACGAGGCAUUUCUUCGAGCAGUGCGAGUUCGUCCACACGCCGGACCAGGACGAGACGGACUUCACCAAGGCGCUGCGCGUGGUGGCGGAGCGCGCCGGCGGCGUGCGGUGGGUCAUGGCCGUGGUCGACACCAGCGGCCGGCUGGACCAGAUCAUGGCCAACGUCAACACGCUGUUCACGGCGGCCCGGCUGCUGUCCGUGCCCGUGUUCCAGGUGGCAUGCGACUCGCUGUCGUGGCUGCUGGCGGCCGGCCGGCACGUGAUCCGCCUGCCGGCCGAGUUGCGCCGCUCCUGGUGCUCGCUGGUGCCGGUCGGCGGCCCCGCCACCGACGUCUCCACCAGCGGCCUCCAGUGGAACCUGGCCGGCGACGACAUGCGCUUCGGCCAGCUGAUCAGCACGUCCAACCGGCCGGUGGCCGACACGGUCACCGUCACCACGUCUCACCCGCUGCUCUUCUCCAUGGAGAUCCCCUGAUUGGAGAGCUGGCACUGCGCAGACACCAAAUGCAGUGGUGCCGAUGCGUUAGACCUAUGUAGAUUCCGAUUGUAUGUGGUACUGGUACGUUAGGCGCUUGCCUGUGUUGCCCAUACGUGAUUAAGGGUAUUGUGAUUUAUCGAACUUUGCCUCGUAGACUGGUACCGGGACAGAUCGACUCUGCCGCCUUUUAGGCAAGUUCCAUAUUUAUUCUUGUAGCAUACGAUGCCGAGAGUUAAUGUCUUCCGACGGUUUUGCACGUGUGAUAUAGAGUAUGGCGAAGUAGCUGGGCCAUCGUGGGUUAUCUUGCCAGCGGACUCGCGUAAGUCCCUUCAUGAAACUUAUUUCUGACAUUUUCCUUAGAGACUGCUGUCUUCCCCCAGUUGUAGCCCGUGAUGCUAUGAUAAAUACGUGAGGUAUCUUGGUUAACCUGAGCCAGGUGCGACGCGGACAUGAUUUCAUCUUCUAGCUUAACCUUCCAUGUAAAUGUUUUGAAGGAAUGGAACAUACGUUGUGCGUUUACCAUUGCAGCACGGUAUGUUGAUCUGCGCAGAAUGUAGAAAGGUACCGGUGUAGUUGGCAGAACGGUGAUACCACAGUUUUCUAUAAGCAUUUAUGUAUCUCCAACGCGCGAUUUGCCCACCAUUCGGGGCCAAAAUAAUUGUUCCAUGCAGGCUCCUACAGCAGUGCAAUGUCGCAUGUGCAUGAGUAGCGUUUAGCGUUAUUUUGUGCGUUGUUCCGUGGCUUAUUGCUGACCGUAUGUAUAUUCCGCUGAUACCUUUAGAGAACUGGAUCGAUUUUGUUCUAAAACGCCGAACGCAACGAAGCGCAUCCCUCGUGUGCUUAGACCGAACUUGUAGGCACCACGUACUCGAUAAUUUAGGCUGACUUAGAAACUUUGGAACCGCGCUCGGCGUCGCUGGUUAUUUCCCACACUUGUUGGUGCAGCGCGAUUCGCUAUGAAUCUAGUCACAACGUCGAUCAACUACCGUGCAAAUCGUUACCCCAAUACCGGCUCGUAGUGAUGAUUGCAAAUAUUUGAAACUGGGGGUACCGUGUUUUCUCCGUAAGCAGGUGGCGUUCGGUAACGUUUACCUGCAAAUCAUUGCCUGUUAAAUAAACAGUUAUCGCCCUGUC